CCGACGAUGUGAACUUCUUCCAUGCACUUGCAACGCUCACAUCCAACUAUACACCGCUAAGGCAUAGCACACUCGGGACUCGUGACUCGUGACUCGAUAGCAAGUCAUACACUCUACCUCGGUGCACCCUGUCAGCUAGCAGCAGGCACCUCGAAGCUACACCGUCUCACUCACCCUGCGCACUAUUCAUCAUACUUUGCCAGCGCAUACACGAAUUCGGAUGUGAGACGAGGGUGUUGUAACGACAUUCUCCGUUCAUCAUGUAUUCUAUCCGGCUUGCGGCACAAGGUCAGCUCAUACGUGCGCUUCCUCCGCGUCCUUCAUGUGGCCGGCCUCGCAUCCUUGCUUCUUGACAUCCUCGGUCCCCGCUCGCACACUGCGCCGGCUCUUCCAUGCCAGCAAGUCUCCUUCCUCCUCUUUGCCCCUACGCAUCGCGUACGCCGUGUGUGGUCCAUCUCGUCGCCAUCCGUCUCGGUGCCAGUCACGUGCGAGUCAAAUCAUGCGGGGGGCACUCUUCUGCGCUUUGCAGGCCAGUGUUUCGGGAUAGGCUUGGCAGAGAUGCCACUGCGUCGGCUGUUGACGUUGCGCAAGCUCAUCAGCAAGUCCAGCUCUCGUCUUGCCGGUGCCGAUGGCGCGUGCGGACAGCAUCGCUUCUGCUGGCCAGACUCGGUUGGUGAGUUGCGAGAGUGGGAGUGGAAGUGCAUGUACGACCAGCGCGUAUGGCGGCAGUACGGCGAUCAGGAAGAGCGCGACUCUGCUGACUGCUCUCAUUGUGCUCGCGAAAGCUGAUGAUGUGAUGAUUUGCUUCAGUCUGCUUAUCACUGCGACUUGCUGCGGCACUCGCGGUCAAAGGCGCGUGCGUCAGUCACGAGUGCAGGCUUCUCGCUAAAAGUGCGCGCUGAUGGAACGCCGAAACCCAAGACCUGCCUGCAUACUCACCUCCGAUGGGGUUGCUAUAGUGUGAGUCGCGAGUGGCUGAUCGGUGAUGCAGCAACGCGACGCGCUCGAUACGCACCGACUCAAAGCUGCUGCUCUUCUUCGAAAUCUGACGUGUUGCUCUCUCAGCACAGUCUUGGUGGUGCACAUGUGGGGACGUAUGGGCGAAGAUGUGUGGGAAUGUUUCAGAUGGCAAGAAAUCAUCACUCCAUCCACUUCAUCCUCCGCUGAGACAGCAUCAGGCAGCAAAUUUCAUACGCACACGGGCACGGCCUGCUCGCCAUUGCGCAGGCGUGCGUUGCCACAUCGAAGAACUUUGCACGGCUCGUUCGGUACCGCUACCGGUGCUGCAGUGCUCGUCGCCGGUCGACUCGCCAGUUGCAACUGGCCAAGCAAAUGUAUGGGCGUCAUCACGUCAAAGCGGCGCGUCAGGGCAACGAAGUCGUAGAUCUCUGAGACAAAGUGCCUCACUUGCCGUACAUCUCCUCUCCUCCUCGCCGCGCUUCUGCGCCACAUCUCUUGAACCGCCGCGACGAUAGGGGCUGCGCCGCAAAUAGCGUACUCGUAGCAGCAGACACUCGGCGCCCUUUCCCUCCAGGGCCAAGUGCGGGGCCGUCGGUGGAGUGAUGACUGCCCCGAAAUCACAAUCACCUGGCGAGUCAUACGACGCAGCCGUGGACAUUGCAGAGAGCCGCAGAGCGAGAUUCAGGCGCAGCUCAUCGCGUCACGCACAGCUCCGCUCACCGUACGAGCCCGCGGCUCCAAGCUCUCGGAAACUUUGACGUGCCUCGCGUUUCUUUUCAUUCACAACUUACCCCACAGUACCUCACCGGCCAGACGGAGCGGGAACUGUCGGGUGGGGCGGGUGUAGUCUCGAAUCUGUCUGCUCCUCGCAGUGUUUCCUUGCAGCCACUCUCUCGACGAAAAGAGGGCCUUUGUUACUCUUGCUGCUCACGAACGCUCUCAGUGGUCAUGCAAAAGUGUUCCAUCCGGCACCGCAUCAACACGAGGAACUCCAUGGUCGAAAGUUCUCCAACGCCACUCGCAACGCCUCGUCGCGCCACUCACUAACGGCUAGUGCUGUUGAUUUCGCUACCGGUUCGUCACUUCAAGCUUGCAGUGGCACGUCAUGCACUGUUGUGGCAGCAUGAGCCCAUUCAAGCAAUGUUUGCUAGGCAGGGGCAUGCGACUUGACACAAGGCAGAUAGAACAGGCAAUGCUGUUAAAUAGGCCAGAAAAUGUCAGAGCAGAUUCACGACCUCUCUUUCCAUAUUUUUGCUUCUCUACCCAUUCGCGACACAAGUCUGGCACUUGCAACUUUCCAUUUCGACUGCAACGACCAUACUCCUCC